GAGAGAGAGAGAGGGAACACACGAGCAGGGGAGGGGCAGAGAGAGAGGGAGACACAGAAUCCAAAGCAGACUCCAGGGCCUGGGCCAUCAGCACAGAGCCCGACGCAGGGCUCGGACUCACAGACUGUGAGAUCGUGACCUGAGCCGAAGUCGGACGCUUACCUGACUGAGCCACUCAAGUGCCCCUGGCCAAGGUCAUUUCUGAGCAGCCCAUCUGCCCGUCACCGAACAGAGGUGUUACCUCGAGCAGAGGAUCCUGCGGGUGCUGAGGGACGCUGGCUCCCCUGUGAAGUCUGUCCAGCUGGCAAAGGAAUGCCAAGUGCCCAAGAAGAAGCUCAACCAAGUCCUCUACCGGAUGGAGAAGGAGUCGAAAGUCUCCCUGGCGGGCCUGGCGAUGUGGCGCCUGGGCGAGGGAGGGACCGGAGAAGUGGUCCCCACAGAGCCGGCCCAGCUCAGCCAGGCGGCGAGGCCCCAGCAGGACGCAGCCGCGGUUCCAGAGGAACCUGGCCCUCAGCUCAGCGAACAGCAGAAAGCCAUCUAUAGGUUUCUGGAAGGCGCUGGGCCCUGUAAGGCCCUGAUCAUCGCCCGGGCCCUGGGAAUGAAGACAGCAAAAGAAGUCAACCCACACUUGUAUGAUAUGAGAAAGAGGCACCUUCUGAGUCUUGAUGAGAAAUCAAGUCUAUGGUCGAUUUAUCGACCAGAUUGUGGAGGAAGAAGCGAGUCCCCCGCGAUUAUUUACCAGCAAAAUCCAAUCAACAUGAUCUGUCAGAAUGGACCAAAUAACUAUAUUUCCAUUGAGAACUCGGAAGACAUCCAGAUUGGACAUGGGAACGUCAUAGUGAAGCCAACCGCCUCUGGGGAGAAUGGUUCCGUGGCUCCCCUCCACCUCCCUCCAAUGGCACCAGCUGAUCCCCCGACGCAGAGUUCCCCGGCUGCAGCCUGGGCGCCCCAGGACAUCCACUUGGAGAAGUCUGUGCUCAGACGGGUGCUGCUGGGACAUGGCAACAAGAUGAGCCUUACCAGUGCCCCGGCCGAAGGCCCGGCUGCCUGCAGCCCCUCCGGCAGCCCCCCAGUCUCUGCCACCACUGUUGGCUCAGGAGCUUCGUUCAAAAUUCCAGGGUCCAAACCAGGACCUGACUGCAAGAUCCAGAGAGUCCACAUCAGUUCAUGCUUCCUUGAGGACACUGCCAUUGGCAACGGCAACAGAAUGACUGUCAUCUCAGGGACAGCUGGUCCAGGAGGAGUUGCAGAGCCUGAGGACAGCAGAAGGGGCCCUGAGGAGCUGGACAAGGAUGCAGGACCCCUCUCCGAAGGUGCGGAGCCCAGAAGGGAGUUCCCUCCGGACCCGGCUUCCUCCCUCAGCACCAACGUCUCGAAGCUCUUCCCCCAUCUAGAAGCCGUGACUCUUGAAAGCAGGGAUCCCCACAACGCCGAAGACGGCGGCCGGGUGGACAGAACCCCAGACGUGGCGUCCCAGGGGGAGGUCGCGCCCGGAGCAGACAGCCAGCCUCUCUCGGAAAGAGCAGGCGAACGCCAGUGAACCUCCGGUACUAUGCUUUCUGGGCUCCGUAAGUGUCCUUUUCCGCCUUCUUGCCUCCUGACACGCGACCGGCAAGGGUCAGCGUUUGGGCUGGGCCUGGCCUGGGGCCGGGUCACCUCUGUCCCUACCACCACCUUAGCCUGCCUUCCAUCAUGGCUACCCACUCUCCUGUCACUCAAGACCUGACUUCCUCAAGGCCUGUUAUGGCUGCCUGACCUCUUUCCAACUCGACCUUUCUAGAACUUCCCUACCUUGACUUGGAUCUCUCGGCCCUUCUUAGCUGAACUUCCAGAAACCAGAUCCCUGCCGUCCGGGCCCCAGUGGGAGUCACUGGCCAGCCCAUGGGCCAGGUGACCUCUGCUGGCCAAUCAUCAAGGAAUGUUUGUCUUACGCCAGCAUGGUGCUCGCGGGUGGACGGGGUUCCCUUGGAAGGGCUGUGGGCGCAGUGGCAUUUCCAGAACAAAGAAACGGAGUGGGGUUGGUUCAGAGGACACUCGCGGAGGGAUGAUGGGAGGAAGACAGAGAGGGAUAGAAGAAGGUGGUGGUCAGCCGGGCAGGGCCAUUGUGGACUCGUGUGCUCCACUCGUUACGCCCACGACA